GUAUGAGCAGCACAUCGAUUAGUUUUAGCAAAAAAGAAUUAUGGUUGAAUGCUUCAAAUGAAAUUUUCAAACAGUUUUCGCCUUUCAUAAAGUUAAAUAAAGUGCCAUGACAAAUAAUGACAAUAACUUCAAAAAUGGGUAGAAGGUCCAUAUUUUUUACCGUUACUGUAUCAUAAAUUCAGCUGCACUGUUUACAUUUGGAUGAACAUGCCUAAAUCUGUAGUGGUGAAAAAUGUAAAAUCAGACAAUCUUGUUCGGAAGAUAAUAACCUCAUUCAAAACGCAAGAGAUUUGAAUACCUGCAUAUCAUUCAGUAAGUUAUUAUUAGUGCCAACCAACCUACAGUAAGCAGUAAGCUCAAAAGAUAAGAAAAUCCCAACUGACCACUUCCAUUUGCAUUGAAAUUGAUAACUCGUCGAUAGAUAACUUCACCGUCUAUCAUCCAACUAUUCAGGAGAGGAACGGACCCGAAUCAGUUUUAGCAUGGCGACCGAGAACCGUGCCCGCUACGACCACUACCGGUUGUAUCGCGUCCAACUGGAAACUGACCGGCACGUGCAACUAUUCCAAGACCUGGAAGCCAAAAGCGAUAGUUGCACAUUCUACGGCCAUGCUCGACAGCCGGGGCAACAGCUGACCAUCAUGGUCGCUGCCAACAAGAUUGCCGACUUUGACGAUUUCCUGGAUCGGUUUCUGGUUAAGGGGCGAGUGUUGGAAUACAACGUUCAAAGCAGAAUCGAUGCCGAAGCGAAAAAUGUCAAACCCACUACAGCAGCACCCUCUGAGUUCGACUGGAAUAACUAUUUCCACCUGGAAACAAUUUAUGCGUGGAUGGAUGACCUCGCUGAGAAGCACUCCUUCAUAACCGUCAUCUCUUUAGGAAAUAGCUACGAGGGACGUCCAAUUAAAGGAGUGAAACUUUCCCGGCAACCGGAUAACAAAUCCAUCUUUGUUGAAGGUGGAAUCCACGCCCGCGAAUGGAUAUCUCCAGCAACUGCCACCUUCAUCCUCAACCAGCUCAUCACCUCAAGUGAUCCUAAAAUUGCCGAACUCGCCACUAAAUACGAUUGGUUCUUCUUCCCAACUGUCAACCCGGAUGGCUACAAAUUCUCCUUCGAGGGUGAUCGCCUUUGGCGCAAGAAUCGCCAACCGUACGGCAUUUGCCGCGGCGUAGAUUUGAAUCGGAACUUUGCCAGCAACUGGGGUGGGAUCGGUUCCAGUGAGGACCCGUGCAGCUACGACUUCUCCGGAGCGAAUGUCUUCUCCGAACCGGAAGCUAAGGCGCUGGCUGAUUUCAUUCUGAACAACGCACAGAAGGAACGCAUCCGGACCUACAUCGCACUGCACUCGUACUCGCAGCUACUGAUGUUCCCGUUCGGGCAUACGCCCGAGAAGGUUAGCAACUAUGAGCACCUGCAGUCUAUUACGGAUAAAGCAAUUGCCGCGCUAACAGCCGUUCAUGGGACCCAGUUCCAGGGUGGGAGCAAGUACGAGACGAUAUAUCCUUCGAGCGGAGGAAGCAUUGACUGGGCAUAUCAGGAGGCAAAGAUUCCGAUUUCUCUGACGUUCGAGUUGCGAGGGCCUCCGGACUCGACGGACAUGUUCAUACUGCCGGCGGAGCAGAUAACGCCGGUGGGCGAGGAAACCUUGGCUGCAUUCGUCGCCAUUGUGGAGGAAGCCGAUCGAUUGGGAUAUUAUGAUUGAUUUGUGAAUUGUUUAUUAUUUGAUAUAAAUAUACAUCUACUAGUUGUCUCGA